AUGGCAUGGAUGGUGUUGUUGCUAUGUGUGGCCUACUAUGGAGCAGAGGGGUCCCACGUUGUUGGGGGCAGGGACGCGGCGCCCCACUCUCGCCCAUACAUGGCCUCACUGCAACUGCGAGGCCGGCACGGUUGUGGAGGGCUCUUGGUCAAAGAAGACUUCGUGCUCACGGCGGCUCACUGUCAGAUUCCUGAGCCAUUCACAGUGGUACUAGGAAGUGAUUCACUGGUAGCAGACGAACCCUUGAAGCAGACUUUCACAACCGUGGCAUCUAUUCCACAUCCUGACUACGAUGGACACGCCAACGACAUCAUGCUCCUGAGGCUGAAUGCCAAGGCAAACCUCAGCACAGCAGUCAGGCUCAUACCUCUGCAGAAGGGCCGCCUGAGAGCUGGGGCAGAGUGCAUCACGGCUGGAUGGGGCGACGUGGGCGAUAACAAGACCUUAGCAAACAGGCUGCAGGAGGUCAACGUCACUAUCUUAUCCCAGAGACGCUGUCGUGGCAAAUGGGGAGCGGUGCCCAUCACACGAAGCAUGGUUUGUGGCACCGGAGCGGACAACUUCCAGGGCUUCUGCUCAGGGGACUCUGGAGGACCUCUUGUGUGUGAGGGAGCAUCUGCAGGGAUUGUGUCCUUCUCUGGACGCCGAUGUGGAGACCCCAGGACACCUGACAUAAACUACAUCUCCCAGGAUGCUCUGCGCCGCUCCACGUGUCUCUUCAGGCAGACGCGACGAGUGGCUCACUGGGAACUGGUGUUUUUUUUCUCCACAGCAGCAAAACCACAGACAUUUCGCGAGAUUUUCCACGCACAUGCUGCUGCUUCUAUAACACGCGUAUGUGCCCACACGGCUUUUUGUGUAUACAGUCCAGCUAAAGUGAGGAAGAGGAGGCUCGCUAGGUCAAAUGACUGCUGCUGA